GUUUAAUUUCCUCGAUGGUUCCUCCCGAACUUCAUAUGACAGAAUGAGGAAAGCUUUAAAAAUGUUCCUGGAUCAAAAGGACACAUUAAAACCACAGGGACUAAAACGUUUAACACUGUUAAAAAAAGGGUACCAACAAUUGAUGCACCACAUGCCUAUGGGUCAUCCCUUUUGGAACAACACAUAAGAGAUGUCGGCAUAAAUGAUCCUUUAAUUGGACUGAAAUAUGUAAUUGAAUAUCAGACUGAACAGUCACCAGAUCCAACGUUCUUCUGUGGACUUUGCAAUUGUCGAGGAGGAUUUUCCUCCUUCAUCUCACAUUUACUUGGUUAUAAGCACAGGCUGAAUUAUAUGGGAAGAGCAUACCCAGAUGCAUUACAGCUUGACGGAGUAAAACUAAAGCAAUCAGAAUUGAAUGCAUUAGUUAAAGAAAAGGCAGAAUUUAUUGAGAAGAUUGAUGGAAGGGGCAGUGUUAAGGUUGUCGUGGAUGAUACCCCAGUUGAAUUUUCUGGAGGAAACCCUGGGAAAAGAGUUCCAGAUAAUUUUUUUUGUUUUUGCUGAUUCAGAUAGCCAGUCACGACACGACAACUUUGGAAGUGGUUUCAAUCAUUUUAAUAUGGAAAGUCCCAGUGCCUAUGACCCAAGACGGGUGCGAUCGCAAGAUGGACAGUCAGAUAAAUAUUCAAGACGCGAGAACUUUGGAAGUAGUUUUGGUCAGCAUGAUAAUAUGGGAAAUUCUAGUUCCUAUGAAUCGAGAAUGCCACCUUGUCACGAUUAUAGAUCAGCUGGAGAGAUGAUGCAUGAUGACUGGAGAAAACAUAUAAAAUCUGAAGAUGACUUUAUGGAUUGGAGUGACGACAUGCGAAACUCUGGAGAUGAUUACAGGAGAGGCGAACCAUUGAGGAAUUAUUGUAAUGAUUAUUCCAAAGGAUCUGAUGUUGAUGAUCGUUGGAUGCAAAGUGAUUUUGAACCGUACAGAUCACCUGAUUCCAAACCUGCCUAUACAAAUGAGGAGUUUUUUGAAUAUUUGCAAAAUUUUCAAAUCACUAGCGAUAGUGACGCAAGUUUUGCCUUGAAAGUUACACAGAGUCUCACAGAUGGACUAAUGGAAUAUCGUCUCAAGACAAUGACUGGAUUAAAUCAAGACAAAAGACCCCUCUUGGAUGAGGAAUUGAGACAGCUUCCCAGUAUACCAGAUGAACAUUCGAAAUAUGAAUCUCGCAUGCCACAUCCAGCUUUGUCACGCCCAGUGCCAGGAAACAAUCAGAGAUACACUGCCAGCUCAACUAACUUUAGACCUAAAUACAAAGUUGGUGCCUGGAAAAAAGCAGUUGCAAUGCAAUCUAAAACAAAUUUCAAAAGAACAGGUUUUCAAUCCAAUCGAAGGCCACUGAAACCCUCAACGUUUAACUCCAGUCUGUCAAAGUCAAAACAUGGUGGUAUUUUGACCCCACACCUGCUUAAGGCUGUCCGUGGAAUGGAUAUUAAUAAAGCCAGUAAGACCUUGGCUAAAUUGUCGAAAACUAAUCCAGCACUGAAAGGUAUAAAGGUCUCUGUCUUGGUUAAUGUGCUGGUGGAGGCUGGUGUACUGAAGAAUAUGCAGACUUAAGACCAGCACCAGCUGAACAAGUGGAGUUGGCAUUUACAUGAGAACAUCAGGACUGUAAUAAAGAUCUAGACUUUUGCUUGUUGUGAGCUGUUAAGCUUUAUUUAGACCGUUGUCUUAGAUGAUAACCACUGGUAAAACUGAAAAUGUUCAUUGAAUUCAGUCGGAGGAAAAAAAACUAGACUAGCUUAUAUGAAAUAAACUUAUUUUUUCAUAGCCUUGGGUGGUGAAACAUUAUGGAAUGUCAAAUAUUUUGUUGCAUUUUUCUUAAUGCUGAUGUACAUUUUUGCAAGUAGUGUUUUGUUUAACAUGUGGUGUACAGAUUGUACAAUGAAACUUUGCAGCUGAGUCCAUUGUGAACUAUAGUGACAUCCCUCUUCGCCUGGAUUAAGUCACAUUAAAGCUUUGUGUACUAAAUCGUAUUGCAGUAAAUUCAAAAGUUCAAAGUUGAAGAAAUGUUAAUGUUAUGUUGCUGUGUUCAUGGAUUUAAAUUAUAAAUUGAAGUUUAGUGCUGUAAUUCAAAAUUGUUCAGGAAAAUUAGAUGUCAGAGUUUCGUAAUCUUAAAUUCUUACCAAUUUUAUGCCUUUGAGGGGAGAGUGAAUUUCAGAAUGAUAUUCCUUGUAGAUUAAUUCAUGAUUUCAAAGAUUGAACACUGGCAUUAAAAAACAUUGUGACUAGUCCUUAACAAAGUUACUAAAAUACAAUAAAAUGUAUUUUCAAAUUGCUUUGCUUAGUUUUCUAACAAGUUGGAGGACUAAGAUGAAAUCAGAAAUUGUUCUGUUCUGUAACAACACAAAAACAAUUGCUUUGAUUUUUUUUUUGUGGAGACAACCUGAGUUGUGCAUUGUGCCAAAAACAGAGCAUUAUACAGCUGUAUGAAUUUGAACUGGUGCUGUCAACAGGACACGGGAGGGGAUGGAGUUUUGGUUGUAAUUCCACUUGUUUGUCCUGCCAUGCAAUCCAAAAAUACAGCUUGUUUACACUAGCUCCUUAAUGUAACUUGCACUAGUGAGUACUGAAACCGGAUACUCUUCGAUAUCAAAUGCUUCAACAGAAGAAAAACAGAACCCCCAAGGUAAUAGGCAUACAAUAUUUAUUUUACUCAAACCACUGAAGAGGAAAGAUUACAUCAGAACAAAUAAAAGAUCUGUGUAAUGAAAGUCUCUGCUGUAAUUGUAAUGAUUGCCCUGCUGCUCAAAGGUAUUCAACUGAGAGAAAAGAAACUUUUGGCAAAUGACUGACAAAAGCGUAACACCAUUCCUUGAAGCAGCUAUUGUUACAAAAAGUGGAAUAAAAAAAUUUGAAUCAGGAUAAUGGGACUUGAAUAACUCAGCAAAAUGACGGUAAUAUGAGCUGGCAGAUGGAAAAUGCUGGCAGAUGGAAAAUACUUGCAUGUAGAAAUGCUAAUCCUUCAACACACAUCUACACGCCAAUAAGCUUCGUGAGUCUUUAAAACAUGUUUGAAGCCACCUUUUUCAAAUAUAUACAUGUUAGGCAAUUAAUUAACUGUUCUUAUUUUCUAUGUUCACUAUAUUUAACUAAAGAUCGACAAAUUGAUCAAGCAGAAUUUCUAACAGACAUUUGAGGGUACAGGUAAGUAUAUUGCUGGAAAUAUUUACUUUGUAAAAUUCAUAAAUUCUUGAAGUAAUAAAAUAAACCUUCCAAAAGGUAUCUGUUCACAGAUGGUUUGGACCUGGCCUAGAGACAUUUUGAUGCCAAUGUAAAAACUUACGGGUACGAAGAGGUCAGUCUGUAUUUAAAAGAUUUGCUUCACUUACCUAGGUCUCCAAAUCCCUGCUACAAAUAAAAUAGUUUGAGUUUGUUUUUAAAUAACUGAUAGAAUCUAAUUAACGAUUCUAAUAUUGUGAUUGAGACUUAUUUUCAGAACAGUGCGAGUACUAUUUUAAUUAUUGAAAUGUGCUAACUUUGAAACCUAGAAGGCUGAAACUUCGGUGCAACCAGAAUGAAAAGAUCUACAUUGAAGCUGUAAAUCAACAGUACUCUAGAAAGGUUAAUGCUUUUGUACAGAUAUACUUAACUGAUAUUUUAACAUAUUGGAAUGCACAAAACAAGCCUUUUUUCUAAUCAAAUCUUAUUAAAAAAGGUUUUAAAAGGA